GUGUAAAUAAAUUUUCUGAUAGAGGAAAUUUUGUUUAUCAAGAUGAUUACACCUUUGAAACAUCUGGGAAUUCACUUGUCUUCAGAGACAUCUUCUCAAAGGAGAAAUAUGCCUAUUCAUGCAGUCUUUUUUGACAGCAUUCCUUCAGGCACACUUACUCCUGUAAAAGAUUUGCUGAAAUAUCAGAAUGCCUUCUUAAAAUUGAAUGACCAUGAAAAAAAUCAAUUCUUAGAAAAGACAAUUUUUAAAGAUAAAAAUAUAUUUCAGUCUACUAUGCUAGCAGAGCCUAGCACCUCUAAUAGUUCUCUUAAUAUCAGUGCUAUAAAGCCCAACCAGGAUGUAUUAAAAAAUAAAGCAAACUAUGAAUCACCAGUAAAAGUAUUUCAAAGAAUGAAAGAAAAAGUACUGCGUAACAAGCAAGAACAAGCAUCAAGAAACAGUAAUUUGUUGGAAUCACCAAAAAGUGAAAGUAACGUUUUCACAUGUCAUGGAGCUGAGAAAAAGGUAUCACAGCAUACCUACGUCUGUGAAGAAAAGGAAAACAACAAAUCAUUUCCAUCAGAAAACAGCUCAUUAAAAGUGACUAAUAUCAAUACAACUCAACUUCUUUCUUUAAAAAAAAUCUCAGCCUCAGUACAAGAAGUUCCUCUAGAACCAUCAAAUAUUUUACUUCCAGUCAAGCCAAAGAUUCAGUGUCAACAGGCAAAGAAAGCACCUCUGCACAAUUUAACUUAUGAGCUUCCAGUUCUGAACCAAGAACAUGAAAAAGUUUCAGCUGCAGGAGUCUCAAAGAGGGCAUUAACUAGAGCUCAGCUGGCGAAACAAAUUCUUCUUUCAAAGGAGAAUACAGUUGCAACCACCAAGUCCAAAAAGGACACAUUUGUUUUAGAAGGCACUGAUUCUGCCUAUGAAAAAUCCCAAAAUGCUACUGUUGAGACUCUCAGUACUAACUGUAUUUCUAUCAAAAAUGGCAGUCAAUUAAGGGUUUCUGAUAGUGAGGUAACAACAAAAGGAACUUCACAACCAGAAAUUAAGGAAGGAAAUGAGAAAACAAUGCCCAAGGAGACUGAUCUUCCAGGUUCCGUAAAUGACACGUGUAAAAUUGUGCUUGCAACUCCAAGAGUUCAUGUAACAGUACCUCGGAGAUCAAAAAGAUAUGCUUCAAAGCUUCCUCCUCCAAGUGUAUGUCAAACUACUACGGAUGGAGUUAAAAAUAAUAAGGUAGUCCAGCUACAGGAAUGGAUGAUUAAAAUCAUCAACAAUAACACUGCUAUAUGUGUAGAAGGAAAAUUGAUAGACAUCACUAAUAUAUAUUGGCACAGUAAUGCAAUUGUAGAACGGAUUGAACAAAACAAACUUAGGACAUUAUCAGGCAACAUUUAUAUAUUAAAAGGAAUGAUAGAUCGGAUUUCCAUGAAAGAAGCAGGAUAUCCAAAUUAUCUCAUAAGGAAGUUUAUGUUUGGCUUUCCAGAAAAUUGGAAAGAGCACAUUGAUAAUUUUCUAGAACAAUUAAGGGCUUGUGAAAAGAAAAAGAGAAAGGCCAGACAAAAACAGAAAAGUGGAAGAUUUGUCCCUGACAUAGGAAAUUCAAUGAAAAACGAUGCAGGAGAAAAACAAACAAACGUCCUCCAAAGAACCAGCACCACUUAUGACCUUGAUUGUAGUCAUUUGGAACUGAAGAAUAAUAAGCACAGUAAGUUGCCAGGAGCUACAGAAUUAAAUAUUUGCCAAAGUUAUCACCAAAAUAAACCACCAUUGAGGUUCUCACAUGACCAAAUAGAUGAUACUGUUCGAAAUGAAGGGGAAUAUAACUUACCUAAUCAGGAAUUGGUUGGGAAAAAAGAAUGUAAAAAGUUGUCUUCAAAGAAACUCAAAAAUUGUGAAAGAAGAACAAAUGAAAAGAUAAUUAAAAGUCAGAAGCAAGAGGGAUCCGAAGAAUCGAAUGUAUCCAUUGACAUUAUCAUCUCAAGGGAAUCACCUUUCUCAAACAAAGAAAGAAAAUAUAUGUCUGCUAAUCAGAAGGAAGCUUAUGUUGUAGUAACACCACUUAAAUCUAAAAAUGUGAUAGAGCAAAAAUGCAUGAAAUACAAUGUGUCCUCUAGUACCAUUAAAGCAGUAACAGAUUUUGUAGUGCCUAACCUUCAGAAAGAAAGUGGAUCAGACUUAAAUGAAAAUACACGUCCCAUCAGUAAGCCCAGAAAAACUUCCAAAAAUGCAUUUGAGUGUGGUGCAGGUUAUGAAAGUAGAAACAAGGAAGAUAGCAUUGAACGUGAUAUACUCACUGUCAACCAGAGAAUAAAAAUACCUAGUUCUAAAAAGAAACAAACGGUCACUUCUGACUUUAAGAAAAAUACAACAUUGUUAUCAAAAUUGAAGAAAAUUGAAAAUCAAGUAACUGUGUCAUUUAGCAAGCAUCAGUGCUCAGAUUUGUCUGCUGACAAGAGUGAAACAGAAAAGAAAAUUAGAACAAGAGCUGUGAAUAUUGAGGAAACCAAAGCAAGCAGCACCAAAGAAAAGGUAGUUCACCAGAGAAAAAGUAGAAGGAAUACCACAGAGAAAAUCCCAGUGAUUUCUGAAUCUGAAACUGAAGAAAGUGAAAAUGAAUUUCAUAUCAAAAAAAAGAAAGCUAGAUGUUCUGCUAAAAAAAAUCCUCAGAAAUCUGGUAUUGGGAGUGAGUUUCCAAUUACUGACACAAUGAGAUCCAAGAUGAAGAAUCAUUCCUUAGAAUGUUUACCUGGUUUAACUCAGGAUGAGGAAUGGAAUGAGAAGGAAAUACAGAAGCUUCAUUGUGCUUGUGCAUCUCUUCCUAAGCACAAACCUGGUUUCUGGUCAGACGUAGCUAUGGCUGUAGGUUCUCGUUCUGCUGAAGAAUGCCAGAGGAAAUACAUGGAAGAUUCCCAAGGAAAUGGAUCUCAGAAACAUGUGACUAAGAAAAAGCCAGUCAAUCCCAAAGGCCAAAAAAAUGGCAAGAGAGGUGAUACAGAUCAGGAGCAAACUAUUAAGAUAACGGCCAAAGUGGGUACUCUUAAAAGGAAGCAGCAGAUGAGGGAUUUUCUGGAACAGUUGCCAAAAGAUGACCAUGAUGAUUUUUUCAGUACAACACCUUUGAAGAACCAAAGAGUACUGUUGCCGAAUUUCCAGUUCAGUCAAGAAGAGGAGGAUGUUCUGCCAAAUAUGGACAGAAAUCCAACAACUCCAUCAUCAGUUAUUUUUCCAUUGGCAAAAACUCCUCAGUGUCAGCAUGUUAGUCCCGGAAUGCUAGCCUCUAUAAAUAGGAAUGAUUGUGAUAAAUACGUUUUUCAUAUGCAAAGAGAACAUAAAAGUAAAGGUGGCAUUGUCUGGGGCAAUAUCAAGAAAAAAACAGUUGAAAGUGAUUUUUCAACUCCAACAUCAAGAAGAAAAACCCCAUUUAAUGAAGGAGAAAGCUCUAAUAUUGGAAAACUUUUCACUAAUGCUAUGGAGUCUUUGGAUGAAGAAGAGAAAGAUUAUUAUUUUUCAAACUCUGAUUCUGCAUAGUAAAGAUAAGAAAAUAUCUCCAGUAUUUUUAUCAACAGUAUUUUUAUCAAGAAGCAGACAGUUAUUUGUUCCUUCACUUGGAGUACAUGUAUUUUCUUCAUAAUGUAGCAUCUUUUGAAACUGGACUCCUUUUCAAAAAUUUCAUGUGUAUGUAUUCAAAGUUAAAGAUCCUUCUAUAGAAUUU